AUUGUUCCUUUGACCGAUUGUGCUUUUGACCACUCCAAUUUUUUAAUUGAUGACUAAAUUUGGAGUCUCGUGUUUUAAGUACAAAGAUUAUUCACCAAUUACUUAGUUGCUGUUUAAAAGAAAUUUACCUGAUUUCACAAUUAAGGAGUGAACCAUGAAGUUUUUCGCCUUGUUUGCUCUUUUUGCUGUUGUUGCUGCAGGAGACUCUAGCUGUGUAACCUACAGCUGGAUGAACACUGGGAAGCAUUCAAGGUAAUCUUCUCCACGUGUUCCUUGAUGCAAUAAAAAAUAAAACAAAUCCUAAGGUAGACUUGCAGGAAACUUCAGAUGGAUUAUCAGUGGAAGACAACAUUUAUAUACCCGGCAUUUUAUGAAGGAUUCAUCAUCUUUUACAGGUUUUGCUCUUGAAGAAUACAUUGUAUUUUCCCGAUACUGUUGAACCAUGAAGUUCCUUGCCUUGUUUGCUCUUUUUGCUGUUUCGGCAUCCAGACACGUGUUUUUCGAUCCAGAACUCAACGAACAUUGGGAAAAUUUCAAGAGAGUAUUUGGAAAGAGUUACAAUGGCAAAGAGGAAGUAGCAAGACGCAUGAUCUGGGAACGUCGUGUAGCUGACGUCAUGCGACACAACCUUCGUUAUGAUCUUGGAUUUCACUCCUUCAGAAAAGGCAUCAAUGAAUUUUCAGAUAUGGAACAUGAGGAAUUUGUCAGAACUUUCAAUGGUUUCCGUCGUCAAGUCGACAAGCAGAACAACGCUAGUUCAUGGAUUUCUCCUUUUAAUGUAGCAAUUCCCGAUACAGUUGAUUGGAGGGACCAGGGACUCGUAACACCCGUUAAAAAUCAGCAACAAUGCGGUUCUUGCUGGGCUUUCUCAACCACUGGCUCUCUGGAAGGUCAGCAUAAGAAGAAGACCGGCCAAUUAGUUUCACUCAGCGAGCAGAACCUUGUCGAUUGCUCUGGACCGGAAGGCAACCAAGGAUGUGAAGGAGGUUUGAUGGACCAGGCUUUCCAAUACAUCAAGGACAACAAGGGCAUUGACACUGAAGACUCCUACCCAUACACCGCUGAAGACGGGACUUGUCGCUUCAAAAAAUCUGCCGUCGGUGCAACCGUCACUGGAUACGUUGACAUUCCAACUGGAGAUGAGGAAGCUUUGAAGAAAGCUGUUGCCACAGUUGGACCCAUCUCAGUAGCCAUUGAUGCUAGCCACGACAGUUUUCAAACCUACCAGGAUGGUAUCUAUGACGAGCCUGAAUGCAGCUCUGACGCCCUCGAUCACGGCGUACUAGUUGUCGGUUACGGUACUGAAGAUGGAUCUGAUUACUGGUUGGUUAAAAACAGCUGGGGAACAACCUGGGGUAUCAAGGGAUACAUCAAGAUGUCCCGAAACAAGAACAACCAAUGUGGCAUUGCCACCCAAGCCAGCUAUCCACUCGUUUAAUGCAUUAAUGACACCUGGGAUUUUAAAGUUAUAUAUUUUGGACAUUUACUGUUGUGUGUACAAUUAAAAAGAAAAUUGUGCUUGUUUUUGUACAUAAUAUUUAUUUCGAUAAAUGCUUUUAAUAAAAUAUUUUUAAAUGAA